CACAAAACUUCCAAAUAAACCAUUUAACUUUCCCUGUUUGCUUCUCUGCCAAACCUGUCGGCGCCUCGUUAGUCCGGUUCACUUUGGUUAUCCAAGGAAGAGCAGUGGUUCAGGAAAACGUUGGUUAUUUCAGCAGCGGGCUAGCUUGCGGCCAUGAGCUAGCCGAAACGUGGUCGGGGUGCAGCGUAGGCCGGCCCGACGUCCUGCAUGCCGUCUCUGAGCUCUCAGCUUUUUAUUUUCAUCAUGGCACAACAGCAGAUAGCUGCUCAUCAUAGGCCCGGUUCUGGUUCUGCUGGAGGUGUUCUCUUGUUAAAAAGGGGUUGUUCCUUUCCACUGUCCCCACAUGCUUGCAUCAGUGUGAGAUACAGAGCCAGUCGUGGUUGAAUUUAAAUGUUUUAGUUUUUGUGAAGACUUUACCGCAUGUCUUUGGUUUAACCGUUGCAGAACGUUCUGAGAGUUCAGGCCUUCGUUCUCAGCAGCGUCGGGUUCUGGACUGAAACUGUGCGGCGGCAGCAGCUGCUGUGUCUCCAGCUGUUGGACCGAGGCGGUUCAGAGAAGUUCAGUCGGUACAGAAUCAACACAUUUCAGGGUGAAACGGGAUUCUGCAACCAUGCUGUGACCUAGAAAAGCUGCUGUCAGGGUUUGAUGCAGAAUAUUUCAUCCUCAAAGGCAGAAAGUGGGUCGACGUUCAGACUUCGUCAGCCGGGUCGCUGCGGUUUACAGAGGAGGAUCAAAGACGCUCAGGUGGUGACAUCACCGUACACGGUGCGGCGCCGGCCCGCAUAAAAAACCGAGCUGUUUACGCUGAAGCUCAUCAGAACAGCAGUCAGGAGGGGAAGAUCAGCACCAGCAGCUCAAACCGGACCUCCAGCUGAGCCUCAGGAACUUUCAGGGUUAAACCAACCGGCUGCAAACACCAGGAGCACCUGACCCGACACGGAUCCGACCAGAACCAGCAUGUUUCCAGCCUCAGACAGCUCCAGUGUGACGGCCUCCAGGGCCGUCGCCAUGGUAGCGAUGGUGGUGAUGAUGGCGGUGGCCAUGACAGAGGCGGCCCCCAGGCACCACUCAGAAGAAACCUACUCGCUGCUCCUGGACCCCAAAGUCCUGGUGCCCAGCAGGAACCUCCGCCCGCUGGAGAACGCCUCCAUCUCGCCCUGGGCGUACAACACGUCCAGCGAUGACGCGCUGUUCCCACCCGUGAUGUCAGAGGCCCGCUGUCUGCUGCAGGGCUGCCUGGACCUGGAGGGCAAGGAGGACCUGAACCUGAGGUCCCGGCCCAUCAUGCACCAGGUGCUGGUGCUGCGGCGGGUCAAGACGCCGGGGGAGGGGCACAAGUACCAUUACCGCCUGGAGACCCGCGUCAUCGCCGUGGGCUGCACCUGCGUCCGGCACAUGGUCCACAUCCAGGAGUGAAGACCUGCUUGAGUCGAUGGGCGUCUAAUAGUCACCGGAGGAAUUCAUGAAGAAUUAUAUCUGUUCCAUUUCUGUAAAGUUUUACGUCAAACCAGAGAAAACUACACCACUAAGUUACACAUCAGGAGCCUCGUCAAGUCUUAUUUAUGCUUAUUUAAGUUUUAUUUAACAGUU